CCCGGCCCCCGGCCCCCGGCUCCGCCCCGGCUCCGCCCCGGGACUCUCGCUCCACCGGCGCGGCCCCCGCCCAGCCCUGCCGCCCGGCCCCAGGUCCGGCCGCGGCCGCUCCCGCCUGGAGCCGCCGCGCGCCCCCAGCCCCCCGGAGCCCCCCCGGCCCCUCGCCUUCCUCUUCCCGGCGCGGCCCCCGGGCUUUCGCGCCCCGCCCGCCACCAACCCGCUCGCCACCAUGUCCGUGGAGCUCGAGGAGGCCCUGCCGCUGACGAGCGCCGAGGGGGCGGCCAAGAGGACCCAGGCGGGCGGCUCGUCGGCCACGCCGCCUCCGCCCAAGAAGCGGAGGAGCGGCAAGAAGAAGAACCAGCCGGGCAAGUACAGCCAGCUGGUGGUGGAGACCAUCCGCCGCCUGGGCGAGCGCAACGGCUCGUCGCUGGCCAGGAUCUACGCCGAGGCCAAGAAGGUGGCGUGGUUCGACCAGCAGAACGGCCGCACCUACCUCAAGUACUCCAUCAAGGCGCUGGUGCAGAACGACACGCUGCUGCAGGUCAAGGGCACCGGCGCCAACGGCUCGUUCAAGCUCAACCGCAAGAAGCUGGAGGGCGGCGGCGACCGGCGCGGGGCCCCCGCGGCCCAGCCCGCCCCGGCGCCCGGCGCGCACAAGGCCAAGAAGGCGGCCCCGACGGCGGCGUCCCGGCGCGCGGACGCGAAGGCGACCAAGGCCAAGGCCGAGCAGCGCCCGCCCGCCAAGGCCGCCGCCGCCGCGCAGAAGGACAAAGGCAGCGGGAAGGCGAAGAAGGCGGCGGCCGGCGGCGGCAAGAAGGUGAAGAAGGCGGCCAAGCCCAGCGUCCCCAAAGUGCCCAAGGGCCGCAAGUGAGGCCCCCCGCCGCCCCCGCGCCCCCGCCGCCGGGACGGGUCUUGGUCGCUUUCGGUUUUUGAACCGGGCCUGGCGGCGCCGCCAUCGGUCCUCGCCCCUAGCGACGGCGGUCGUCAUGGCGACCGGCCUCUGGCGCCACUGGCCCGGGCCGCGGGGCCGCUCGCUGUCGGUCGGGUUUUUUGUCUUGGCGGGGGAGCCCAAUAAACUGCUGAAACCUU